AUGCCUUUUCUGCCUCCCUUUGAACUGGUGGGGUUUCUGAAAAGGCUGUUGUAUUAUAAAAUCAAAGGAGCUAGCGACAAAAAGAGGAGAAGGGAUUUACUUGAACUGGCGUCAAAGUUUUUGCUUCUCUUAAAGCAACACUCUUGCAUUAUUGAUCCUUUGAUAAUGCUAUUACUUCAGAAACCUUUCAAUUUCAAGCCAAGGUAUCCAAAAUCAAGCCCUACAAACGAUUCUAGUAACAGCUGUAUUAAUAACAUUAAGAGUUCAGUGGGGGAGAGAGUGGUUUCAUUGAUCAUAUUCAGUGUGAAUCAAUGUGACUGUGGAAGUACGACUGUCCAACUAGAUUGUACUCAAUGUUCAUCGCUUUAA